GAUUUAAUUAGAGCUACACAUAUAUAAUCUUCACAGUUAAAAAAUCCCCCAAAAUGACAACUUUUUGACAACUUUAUAAAUAAAAGCUUCCUGCAAACAACUCUUUACUGUCAUGCAAGGUUUAUCAGAUUUUCUUGUAACUUGCCAUCAGUCAGUCAGUGUCACAGCAGUUCUCAGGACAGCUUUCUUGAACCUAUAUUUUCCCGGGUUAUCUGUACCACUAGUUUUCUCACAGUGAUAAGGCAAAGAUAAAGAAAGAAAACCACUUUACCCACUGACAGGAACUGGGGUUUGGUCACCUUCCCUGACAUUACCAUUGCACUUUUUAAUCCUAUCUGCAAAUCAAAUUUGAAGUUGCAUUACAAUGGUAAAUAUUUUAAUGGAAAGGUCAUACACUCAAUGUGAAUGAUCAGAUAAGAGAUUUAAAAUGUCUGCUUAAAGGCUGGGCAUUUUAACACAAUAAAUGAUUGUUAUUCGUCCUGGGUUUUUUUGUUUGUUUGUUUGUUUUUUCUUCUUCCUUGUUUGAUUCAUCCUUCCUUGAAAGACAUUUAUCUUGCAGGCACAUUGCAAAACAAAACAAUGGUGCAACAAAUUGCACGAUUACACGAUUUCAAAACGCGCAACAUUACAUGACCCGCUAAAAAUUUAUUUAUUUAUUUUUUAGAUAAUCGAUUACGACCCAUCGGUUUCAGAAGCACCGGGCAAUGGCCAUCAGAAAAACAGAGGCGGAAAAAAUUAAUCGUUAAACAUAAUGAACACAUUUGUUAAAUCAAUUACAAAAAUAAAUUUGCACCACGACAAAUUUAACCUAAUUGAACCCACACAGAUCGCGGCCCAUCAUUUAAACAAGCAAACCAUUCAUCAGCAGGCAUAUGCACAGCAGCUGUAUUCUUACAAUCAUAACAGUCUAAUGAAAAAUGGCCUCCCUGGAUCCGAAAAUCAAAAUGACCUAAUAUCUAAUAUCCACCAUAUUUCACUGGUCAGCGCUCACCAGAUUAAAAUCUUAUGUGGUAAAAACUAUUAGCCUCGCACAAGGAUGUUCGCCGAUUUACUCAAGGUUUAAAAAGUUUAGUAGAAACUAGUAGCAAAUAUAAUUUCUGCCUCUUGGUUUGCAUGAAUUAAUUUUUUGACGUAGUUGUUAUUAGCUGGCACGGCUAGCAGCAGUUAGCCACUUGGCAGAACAGCCGUUUGAGGACGCGAAGUGAAGAAGAGAUGCUAGUGACCCACACAAGGGUACCCAUGCAAAGUUGACUCGCAAAUUUAGGUAGAUGAAAAGUCUGCGGUCGACUGACACCAGACACCAAAAAAUGUACUUUUGGUUGCUUGUCAACAAAGUUCGGCGCUGUAAUUUUCGCAUACACUGUUGUGGUGGAAACUUGCAAUAGCUUUUCACGACCUCGCGAGCGAGAUUCCAGAGCAGAGCAAAAGCUAGCUGAUGUUAGCCGUCCCAGCUAAAACCCAGAAGCAAGGAAAAGUAGUUAGUUUCGAUUCGCUGUAUGAAGCCGGGGAAUCUUUACUAGACUUGUCUCUGUGGCUAACAGUUCCCCGGUAGCGUACGACCACAUUCGACACAAAAGCUCAAGUUGCCUGUUAGCUAAUGGCAUUAUCCAUCUAGCUAGCAGCAUCGCUCAGCCUGCCUUCCGCCGACGUGCACUUCCCCCCACUCUGACUCCAGCCGGCUAGCCGUAGUGUUAGUCCGGUACAUAAAAUGAAGCGACCAUCAGCAUUUUGGGACGCUGCGUGGCUCUGUGGAUUUUGCUGAUACAUGAGGAGACGAUAUUGUUUUUGUGAGAUCUCUGUCAGGGAGGUCAAAAUCAGUACGGGGGAUGGACGAGCAGAAAUCAAACUGCGAAGAGAAUGACUCUGAACCAACAGCUGAUGACAAUGCCACUGCAAAGCAGCUUGUCUCUUCUGACGGGGAGUCUAAGGCCAUUCCUGCUGCGGAGGAGUCGAGUGCUAAUGCAGCCUCUUCUAGCACAUCUGUAGAGAGCGUUCGAGCCUGUGCGCUUUGUAACUGUGUGGAGCGGAGUCUGCAUGGACAGCGGGAACUGAGGCACUUUGGACCAUUUUCUGAGCGGCCAACCCUCCAGCCAUCAGCUUCCCCACUGCCACAGCCUGGAAAUGAUGACCUGUCUUCCAUUGGAUUUCCUGAUUCGCCUUGUCUGACAGCACUCCUUGAUGACUCAGGAGGAUGUUGGGUUCAUCACUGGUGUGCAGUGUGGUCAGAGGGAGUAAAGCAGACAGAGGAUGAAGAGUUGGAGAACGUGGAUAAAGCUGUUAUCUCAGGGACACAGCGGAAUUGCGAAUACUGCAAAAGGCUGGGUGCAACCAUUCGAUGCCAUGCUGAGGGCUGUUUGCGGUUCUACCACUUUCCCUGCUCAGCAGCCAGUGGAUCUUUCCAGUCUAUGAAACAGCUGGUCCUCCUCUGUCCAGAGCACAUAGAUAAGGCAGAGGAGUUGGCUGGUGAAGAGUCUUGGUGUGCAGUAUGUGACUCAGCAGGCGAGCUCACAGAUUUGCUCUUCUGCACGGGUUGUGGUCUCCACUACCAUGCAGCCUGUCUGGAGAUUGGAGCCACACCUAUCCAGAGGGCAGGAUGGCAGUGUCCAGAGUGUAAAGUGUGCCAGACUUGCAGACAACCAGGGGAAGACUCCAAAAUGUUGGUAUGUGAUGCUUGUGAUAAGGGAUACCACACCUUCUGUCUCCAGCCAGCCAUGGAUUCUCUUCCAUCUGACCCAUGGAAAUGCAGAAGGUGUCGUGUAUGUAUGGUGUGUGGAGUCCGUGGACUAGUGCUGCCAGGCUCAGCCCAGUGGUUUGAUAACUACGCCGUGUGUGAGGGAUGCCAGCAUCACCGCAGUUCUAUAUGUUGUGUGUGCAGCAAAGCUGCCAACCCGUCUGUUGCUUUGCAGUGUUGCAGCAUGUGCCACAGAUGGGUUCACAGCGAGUGUAGUUCAGCGGGGGAACCCCCAAAAGCUGAGAUCAUUUGCCUGCUUUGUAAGGAGGGUCAGCAGCAGCCAGUUGCUGAACCAUACACAGCAGACACUCAGACCAUAACGUCCCUUAAGGAAACUGAAGGAGACAUUAAAUUGGUGGAAAUGCCAGUCCAAAUGGAUACAGUCUUAUCAGAAGUGACACCAGGACAGAAACGCACAUUAGAAAUGGGACAGGCAAAAGAUGAGGCUGAUAAAGAGACACCUAUGGACUUUGGGAUGGAGUUUGCAGCUGUUCAGGCAACAAACACUGUGGAGAGAACAAUGAAGGGAGAGCCACCCUUACCAACAGAAGCUUUUGGUUCUGAGGGACCAGCUCUGCUUGAGUCUACAGGCUGUGCAACAACAGAGCAGAGGGGCUCUUGUCCACCCGCUGCUGAAGACGGAGCCAAAGAGGCACAGAGUCAAGUGGCAGCUUCCCAGGGUCCCACAGCAGAGACACAGUUUAACAACAGCUGUAAAGUAGAACCAACACCAGUGUCACAGCAAGGCCCUGAAAGCAUGGAGGUGGAUGAGGAGAAGCAAGAGGCUCCUCCCUCAGUUAAACAAGAACUAUCACAAGAGUUAUUGAAGAGUGCAUCUGGUGACAUCUGUAUAGAACCGUUCUGUAACGAUCCCCAGAAGUUACCAGCUUCCACAGUCUCUGUGGUUAAAACGGAGCCUUUGUCUAUGGAUGAAAAGCAGGAACGAAGUCCAUGCCAUGACUUCCAGUUGCUUUCUAAUCGUUCUUUAUCAAUAGACACACAAGAGUCCCUCUCUGCAGCUGACAUAGAGGGGAGGUUAUUACCUCACUCUGAGGAGGAGGAGGACGAGGAGGAUGAGGAUGAUGACCAAAUGAAAGGACACAGUGAGGACAUCAAGAGAAAACUACAAGAGGUUAAGCCGGAGUUGUUGCUGGAUGAAAUGUCAAAUAUGAGCCAUGGUGAUGAGAGCAGCAGUGGCUUUCUAGGCUCUCCAGGAGAACCCGACCCUCAGCUUUCCAUGGAGCUUGGCCUUGUACCUUCCAGCCGCUCGCACACUGACAACUUGCUCACUGAGACCGAUGACUCUCUUCCCUUUGAACCUCUCAGAAGUGACAGAGAAAAGGCCAAACGCAGAGGGUCCCCAGGCCGCUCAAGGGUCAAACAGGGACGAAGCAGUAGUUUCCCUGGAAAGCGUAGACCUCGAGGUGGUGGUGGAGGUGGUGGUGGUGGUGGAGGGAGAGGGCGUGGUGGGAGGUCACGCCUUAAAGCUAUGGCCUCCUGCAUCGACGCCUUUUUGCUAAGCAUGACCUCAGACACUGGACUGAGUAAGGAGGAAGACGAAGAAGAAGAUGACACCAUGCAGAACACAGUUGUUCUUUUUUCAAACACCGAUAAAUUUGUUCUGCUACAGGACAUGUGUGUCGUCUGUGGCAGUUUUGGAAAGGGUGUAGAGGGGCAAUUGCUGGCUUGCGCACAGUGUGCCCAGUGUUACCAUCCUUAUUGUGUUAACAGCAAAAUCACCAAGACGAUGCUUCGUAAGGGCUGGCGUUGUUUGGAAUGUAUUGUGUGUGAAGUGUGUGGAAAGGCUUCAGACCCGUCUCGUCUGCUGCUGUGUGACGACUGUGAUGUCAGCUAUCACACCUACUGCUUGGAUCCUCCCCUGCACACUGUACCCAAGGGUGGUUGGAAGUGCAAAUGGUGUGUGUGCUGUGUGCAGUGUGGUUCCAACUCACCAGGUUUCCACUGCGAGUGGCAGAACAACUACACACACUGCGGGCCUUGCGCCAGCCUCGUCACCUGCCCGGUAUGCCGGGAGAAUUUCAUGGAGGAGGAGCUCUUGCUGCAGUGUCAGUACUGCGAUCGAUGGGUCCAUGCCGUCUGUGAGAGUCUGUACACAGAGGAUGAGGUGGAACAGGCUUCUGAUGAGGGCUUUGCUUGCACAUCUUGCACCCCAUAUGUUCCAAAACCUGUGGUAGUAGAGUCAGCCAUUAUGGCUUCAAUAAAGAUAAAAGAGCCAGAGCCCCAGUUCUACCGUUUGGAGGGUGUUUGGCUUACAGAGUCAGGCAUGUCCCUGCUUCGUAGCAUCUCCAUGUCUCCUCUGCACAAGAGACGGCAGCGUCGCUCCCGUCUUGGCACUAUGUGCUCUGAAGGAGGUCCUGAUGGAAUGGAUCUAAGAGAGGUUGAAGGAGAAGGGGAUGAGGGAAAAGGCUGUGGGGAACCCAUGGACUGUGAAUCAAAAAUGGACCAACCUGGGAGCCCUGAGAGAGAUGGUGGUACUGAGCGGGAUGCAGGUGCUGACGGUGACUGUGAGGGUCUUAAAGGGGGAGCAGAGGAGACAGAUGACAGCAAGAAAAGAAAGCGAAAACCUUACAGGCCUGGAAUUGGAGGUUUUAUGGUGCGACAAAGGAAGUGUCACACACGGAUGAAGAAAGAAUUUUUUGCCCAGUUGGCUGGAGAGACCAUGUUGGAUGGACAGCCAAUUGAGCGAACUAUUGAAGAAGGGCCCCACCCUGACACAGACAACAUUAUGGAUCCUAAACCAGUGGAGGGAGAGGAACAGGCCAAGAAACGUCGGGGUCGGAAGAGGAGCAAACUCGAGGAUAUGUUUCCAGCUUAUCUCCAGGAGGCAUUCUUUGGAAAGACACUGAUAGACUUGAGUAAGAAGGCAGUGAUGAUACCUCCAGGGCAGAGGCCAGGUUCAUGCCCCAUCAGACCUACUUUACCAGCACCAACCAAGAGUACUACCCCAGACACUGAUGCCGGGGAUCGUGUGGUGGACAUAAAUUGUCCUCUCAAGCAAGAGGGGGGUGAAGCCCCCCAGGCUCAGGGAGACGGUGCAGGGAUUCCUACACCAUCCUCAUCGCAGACAAACCAGGUCUCAACUGAUCCUCAUGAUUCUGAUGCAGAAAAAAGUGAAGGUCUUCCACAGGGGGUGGAGAGUCAGGACUCUGAGCAGUUCUUCAGGAAGGUUCUGGGAGUGUCGGAUGGUUCCUCCUUGGGAGGCAUGAAGCCCAUCUUGGAGGGCAAUAAGGGAGAACUCAGUCGUAGUGCUUUGCCACAGAGACCUCUCCCCUCAGGGUCCCUGCCCUCAGCUGGAAUGAUGGAUGCCUUUCCUGGAAUUUCUCAGUCACCGUUCUUCGACAUGCGGGACAGAGGAGGGCUGUUCAGUCCAGAUGGCAGUGAGGAGAGCCCUUGGGCAACUCCCUCUACCCCAGCAACUCCUUCCUCCCCACCAACCCCCACAGAGGGAGAGGGUGAUGGUCUGUCCUAUAACCAGCGUAGUCUGCAGCGCUGGGAGAAGGAUGAGGAGCUUGGAGAGCUCUCAACUAUUUCCCCUGUUCUUUAUGCCAAUACAAACUUCCCAACUCUCAAACAGGACUACCCAGAUUGGGCUAGUCGCUGCAAGCAGAUCAUGAAAAUCUGGAGGAAGGUCCCAGCUGCUGACAAGGUUCCAUAUCUGCAAAAGGCCAAAGAUAACCGAGCAGCUCAGAGGAUAAACAAGGCACAGAAGCAGGCAGAGAGUCAAGUCUGCAGGCCAGUAAAAACAGAGCAACCACGUGCAAAGGGAGAACGGCCAAGUUUACACCUCCAGAUUCCGCCACCUUCAGGCUCAACAUCAAUCUCUUCUCAGCCCAGCUCUGCAGACAGCUCAUUUCCCUUGCCUCCCGAUUCAGGAUCAUCUUCUGUCUUUUUCUCAGAUGGACCUGUCAAAACUCCAUUAUCAGCUGAAAUCCGGACAGAUCCUUUGGCUAAGCUUCCACCUCAGUCACCCCAUUCUCACUCACACCCAAACACACCUUUCUCUAAUGCUGGGGCCAGCCCCUUACAGGCCCCUUCCUCAGGUUAUUCUGCUUCCGGCCCGCAGGGCCCUCCUCAGGGACGGCCAGCCAGUCUUGGCCCUUUUGACAUGCAACCAGGAACUCCUGGAACCCCCAGACGGGCUCAGCAGGUUGACCCCUACUUCAGAUCACAGCUGCAGCAGCAACAGGGUCUUCUUCCACAAUCCCAGCAAGGCUCUCAGGAGUCCCUAGGGCCUCCAGAAAGUCCUCAUUCAAGAGGUCCUGGGCUCGGGGAGUCGACCAUUUUUUCACCAUCCCACAAUACCCACUAUGGAGAUCCCUUCAGAACCCAGCAAGGAAUGGGAAGGCCAGAAUAUGGUUCUUCACCGUCACCGUCUGCAUUGGCUUCCUCUCCUGCAAGCACAGGGCAGUACAGGACUGAUAUGAGUGCACCCUCUCCACGUUCCUCUGCAGUUGGCAGACAUGAGCUGUCCACCGGCUCCCCUGCUGGAAUGCUAGAGUCUGGAGAUGGUUUGUUCAAGGCACCUUUAACACCACGAAUGCACCAAGGGGAGAGUGGGGCACUUCAUCCUGGAGCUUCACCUAGCCAUGUUGCUGAAGGCUUCAGGCAGUCUCCCUCUCACUCUGAUCCCCAUAUUCAUCUUCCACUAACUACCAGACCGCAGUCAGGUGAUAAUUGUUCUCUUGGACCCCAGAGACACUCUGUAGCUCAACAGGAGCAAUGUCCUAGAGUACCCUCGAGCCCACAGUCCCAGGGCAGCUGCCAGUCUCCCCACACUCCUGGUGGCAUGUCCAAUGAUGGUUACUCUGUCCAGUCUCCUGCUACUCCUCGUUUCCAAUCUCCAGACCCUUGUUCUCGGCCACCUUCAAGGCCACAAUCUAGAGACCCUUUUGCAGCAGUCCAUAAGCCACCUCGCACUUCCUCUAUUGGCCCAGAGGGAACUGGAAGUUACAAAACAUCCCCUCAUCCUAACCAGCCACCUCCAGCCCAUCCUACUAAUAUAUCUAUAGGGGAUCCCCUCUCUGGAAAGCCAUCAACUCCCCCUACUUUCAGCCGCAGCCCGAGCACGGGAGGCUUUCAAAUAACUCAACAGCAGACUCAGAUGGUGCAGCAACCACAGCCACAAACUCAGCCGGCUUUGUCAGCAGACAGCCUUACCUCGCGAGUGCCACCUUCCUCUGCAUCUCAAGAAAUACCAGCUGUCCACACUUCAGACAUGUCAAGUCAGCCAUCUUUGCCAGUAACUCAAGAAAUUUCUGACAUUUCAGCAGUACAGGACCCUUCAGUAGUAGGACUCAGCCCUGCUGAUCUGGAAAAGCACAGACCGCGCCAAAGACUGAGGGAAUUUGUGAUCAGACAACAAAUGCACAGACAAGAGAAGGAGGCAGCUGCUGCUGCUGGCAGUGCAUCCCCUGGAUGGUCUGGGGGAGGGAUGGGAGCCUUUCAGCAGGAUAAAACUCACAGAGCACCACCACCUUAUCCACAGGAGCGUAUUGCUGCUGCCGCUUCAAGUGCUCAGGCUUCUGUGUCGGGGAAGAUGCCCACAGAUGAUAAGCUCAUUCGCCCACCACAUGCAGGAAACCCUGCCGUUGUUGAUCCAAUUAGGCUACCAGGACCUUCCAGACCACAGGGUAUGUUUACCCGUCCACCAUUUCCUCCUCAGUGGCAGGGCCAGGCCCCAAGGAGGUUCCCUCAGCCUGGCAUGGAAACUGUGGGCAUAAGGCACAAUCUUAACCCUGCUGUCAAUAUCCAAGGUAUGGAAGGCAUGGGUAAUACUCAUGCCAUGAUGCCAGGGCACGGUGGUGAAUCCAUGCAGCCAGUGAGUCAAGGUCCGCCACCACAGUUCAUUGAGUUGAGACAUAAUUCACAAAGGCCACCCCUGCGACACCAGUUUAUACCCCGUGGACCCCAGCCCAGGCCACGUCUCUUUGUCCCAGAGCAAGAGAUGUCAGCACCUUAUGUUCAGCAACUUCCUAUAGCUCAAGUUGGUGGGAUUCAGACAGAGGGGUUACAACAGGGUGGACUGUCAGUUUUACUGCCUCAGCAGUCCUCGGGGUCUGUUGGACAACAGACCCACAUGCAACCUCAAAAUGCUACUUCGGCCCAAAACACUCCCAGUACUGAGCAGCAUCGGCUUUCACAACCAGCUAUAGUCACAGAGCCCCAGCCUGCAGCUGUAGAAAAUGCAGAGGAACUGCCAGAACCUGAUCUUGAUGGGCUAGGUGAUGCUCCAGGAGAUGGAGGAGUAGAAGAUGAGGAUGAUUUGGCUCUUGACCUGGACCCUGACAAAGGAGAUGAUGACUUGGGAAACCUGGACAACCUCGAAACCAAUGAUCCACAUCUUGAUGACUUACUCAACAGUGAUGAGUUUGACCUGCUGGCUUACACUGAUCCUGAACUGAACCAAGGAGACCCUAAAGAUGUCUUCUCAGAUCAGCUGCGGCUGGUAGAAGCUGAAAGUGAAGGUCCUUCAGCUUCAUCUGGUUCUGCACAUGUUAAAGUGGAAGAUAAAGCCAAGGUGGAGCCAGAGCAGAAGGCUCUGACAAAAGUCCCUUCUACUGCACUAGAGUCUUCUGCUCAACUAACACCCUCUUCACAAACCGCUGAUGCCUCUAAAGUUAAAGUAGAAGACAGAGGCUUGACGCCUCAGCUGCAAACAGGACAGACUAUGGUGAAAGCUGAAAUGGGAGAAGCGGUAUCCAUGCCUCUUGGUGUGACCGCACCAACAACAAAGACUUCACAAAGUGAGAGCCAGUCUGCCUCACUCAGUUCUGUUCGAUUAGGGGGACUUCCAUAUCCCUUGCCAGGCCAAAGUGAUCCAUUGCGUUUUCCUCCACCUGCUCCACAUGGAGAUAUGGGUGAUGAUCCCUUAGGACUACCUGAUGUAGGGGAGCAGCACUCUCCUGCUGUAGAUCUGGCAAAGGUAGAGAGCUCAUUAGAUGGUGAACUGCCUCUUCUAAUACAAGAUCUCCUGGAGCAUGAAAAGAAAGAACAACAGAAACAGCAACAGCUCAGUUCCCUUCAACAAGGAGGCAUGCCACAACAGUUUCCAGGCAUUCCAAAUCCACAUCCGAAUCAACAUUCAUCUGGGCAAAUAAUGUUACCACACCACCAUCGUCCACCACCCCAAGGUAUGAUGAAUCAGCCAGGGAUGGUACCCCGUGCUUCACACAUGUUGCAGCAGCAAAGGCUUAUGGGACCUGGAAUGGUACCGCCAACUCACAUGAUGGCCCAGCAGCAAACCAUGAUGAGGACGGGGCAACCAGGGAUCCAGGCUGGGAUCCAGGCUGGGAUGCAGCCGGGGAUGCAGCCGGGGAUGCAGGCUGGGAUGCAGGCUGGGAUGCAGCCGGGGAUGCAGGCUGGGAUGCAGGCUGGGAUGCAGCCGGGGAUGCAGGCUGGGAUGCAGCCGGGGAUGCAGGCUGGGAUGCAGCCGGGGAUGCAGCCAGGACUUGGCCAUCAAUCACAGCAGCAGCCAGCAGUAAAACAGUCAACUCUGACCAACAGCUUCUUCCCAGAUAAAGAUUUGGACAAAUUUGCUACAGAUAACAUGGAUCCCAUUGCCAAGGCGAAGAUGGUUGCCCUUCAGGGUAUUAAGAGAGUGUUGGCACAGGAUCCAAUGGUUGUUCCCACUGGCAUUAACAGGCAACAAGUUUCUUCUCUGCUUGCUCAGAGGCUGGCUUCUGCCCCAGCCACAGAUCCAAAUCAACUUGCAUCUGGACCUGCAAAGGAGGGAGAGACAAGUGAUCCACCCCAGUCAAGACCUAACCCUCCUCAGUUUGUGCAAGGAAUAAUCAAUGAUGCUGAACAGCACCAAUACGAAGAAUGGCUUCUUCAUACCCAGCAGUUACUCCAAAUGCAACUGAAAUUUUUGGAAGAACAGAUAGGAGUUCAUCGCAAAUCACGCAAAGCACUGUGUGCGAAGCAACGCACUGCUAAGAAAGCUGGCAGGGAGUUUGCUGAGGCAGAUGCAGAGAAACUUAAGUUGGUCACAGAAGAGCAGAGUAAAAUUCAGAAGCAGCUUGACCAGGUGCGCAAGCAACAGAAGGAGCACACAAAUCUAAUUGCAGAGUACAGAAGCAAGCAACAGCAGCAUCAACAACAGCAGCAGCAGCAUCAACAGCAGCAGCAGCAGCAAGGCUCUGGUAUUAUAACCCAAGGUCAUUCUGCACAGGGGGGGGCCUCUCACAUGUUUCCCAAAAUGCCUGGUCAGAUGAUGAUGGGCCAGCAGGGGGCACCAGUAAUGGGGCAGCAUCCUGGCAUGAUACCCCAAGGUGGGAUGCCUGUCAGAAUGCCCCAAGGUCAGCCCUUUAUUGGAGGAGCCCAGCCACAGCUUUCUGGGGCUCUUGGAGCCAGUGGUGCCAGGGUCCCAGGUCCUCCUGGGCCUUCAGGAGGAUUUUUCCCUCAGGGGCCUGGAGUGCAAGGUGCAGACCCUAGGCUUCUUCAAGAAAGACAACUUCAGCAUAGGAUGCAGAUGGCAAAGUUCCAGCAACAGCAGCUGAUGGGCCAACAACCAGUGUCACUCCCAAAUCAACAAUCUAGUUUAAUCAAUCAGUCGCAGGCUGGUAUGAUGGGGAACCAACUUAUGGCGCAACAACAGGUGAACACUCAGCAGGGUAUGCUAGCUAAUCAGCAGAACCUGGUCCAGGUUGCACAAGGAAUGGUUGGAGGCCAGACUGUGGCUCCAUCACAGAAUCUUGUGGGCGGCCAGUCUAUUAACCAUUCUCAAGGCAUGGUAUCAACUCAGGCAGGAAUAAUUGGUAACCAACAAGUUGCAUUGUCACAGCAGCAGAGGCCUCAGCUGAUGAUGGGACAGCAGGGUAUGGUUGGCGCUCAAGGUCACCCUGGCCUGAGGGGGCCCCAUGCCCAGUUGACUCCUCAACAACAGAACAUUCUGGCCCAACGCAUGCUUGCAUCUCAGCAAAAUAUUACAAAGAAUUUAGCCCACCUUCAGCAGCAGCAACUGACACAACAAAGACAACCAGCACAGUUGAUUAACCAGUCUGGCCAAGAGCAAGGUCUUUCCCAACCCUCUACCCCACAAAUGGGUUCCUCUCCUUCAGCAGGAAGUAACACACCCCAGCCCCAGGGAUCUACAGAGAGCCAAAACUCAGGACCCAAAGAAGGUGGUAUCCUCAGCCCUGAUUCAAGAACCCCACCACAGCAGAGUGGACCCUCUACUCCCAACCAGAUCCAACUAGGCUCUGCAAAUGAUCAUCAAACUGACCUGGGACGACAGCACCAGAAUCAGGUUUAUGUAGGCCAGCAGCAACAAUCAAAUCCCCAGUCUGUACAUGAGAAACAGUCGGGUUUGGUCGGAAACCAGCAAACUGGUAUGCAGCAACUGCAGCAACAACUUCCAGUCACUGUUCAGAGACAAGGUUCCCUCACCACUGACAAGCCCAGUUUGAUGACUAUUAAAGAGGAAGGAAAAACAUCUGAUUUCUUACAUCAGCAGCAGAAAACUCUUCAAAAUGCCACACAGCAGCAACAGGACACCACCAUGCCACAACAGAUCACAGUACACAACCAUCCAGGGCAGCAACAACCUGCUAUGAUGGGUCUUAGUUCACAACAGCAGGCCAUCAUGGCCCAACAGCAGAAACAGCAGGUUUUAAUGGGUAUGAUGAGAGCUCAGCAGCAAGGAAUGAUGGGACAGAGACCUGGUGUUCCUCCUGGACAGAUCCGCGCCCCUAUCAACAUCCAGGCCAUUAUUGCUCAGAAUCCUCAGCUCCGCAGUCUCCCCCCCAACCAACAGAUACAGCACAUCCAAGCCAUGAUUGCACAAAGGCAACAAGGACAAAUGCUGCGGAUGCCAAUAGGUCAGGGCCAACAAAAUCAGUUGAGGCCUCAGCUCUCACAGAUGGGACAGCAAAUGAUUGGGAUGGAAGGCCAUCAAAUGUCACAUGGAGCCAUGGGGAAUCCAGGAGCACUGGGAAAUCAACAACAUCCAGGUAUGCCAGGCCAGCAACCUGGUGUUGCUCCUCAGAUACAGCAAGGAAUGAUGGUCUCUGGGCAGCAGCUCCAAGUGGGAGAGAUGAUGCAGCAACAUAUGAGAGGACAGGUGCCACAUUCCCCAAUGGACCAGGGCCCAAUGGUGAGGCCAGCAUCUCCACGUCAGCCAUUGGCCAACUCCCCUGGGGAUUCUCAACGGCACACUUUUAAUCAAGCUAUGGGGAUUCGUCCACCCACUCCCAACCAGAACCAACAGCAAGCACUAAUGGCAGGCCGUGUGCAGGGCUCUCCAUCACAUGCAUAUUCUCCAAGAACUCCCUUUGGCAUGAGCCCAGUCCACCCAGUCUCACCCCAUUCAUCUCAUGUCUCCUCGCCUUCUAUAGCUGACAGCAGGGCUGGGAGGGGCAGUCCCUAUAGCCAAGUCAAGGCUUCUCCACUCAGGUCACCCGGGGCGAAGAGUCCACUUGAUUGUCCAGGACCUAAAGCAGACACUCAGUCACCAGGCAGUGGUGGUCUGGCUGCUUCAGUGACUUCCAAUGGGCCACAGAAAGGUACAAAUGCUCAGCGUCAGUUGCAGCAGGGUACAGAGGACAAACAAGAGGAGCUAUGCAAGAUGACAAUACAGAAUAUUAAACAGGAACCAAGGGAGGUCCAAUGUGACAGUGCGGCUGAAGCUCCUACUGGGACUAUAAAGCAUGAAGCAACCGGGGAGAUGGUUAACGCUGGGAACAACACUACCUUUAUUAAUGCUGGAAAUGCUGCUGUGACUCAAAGCCCUAGAACUGAGACUGGACAGCAGUUGCUGCAGAAACUCCUAAGAACUAAGAAUAUUCAGCUUGGUGCUCAGAGGCCUUGUGAAGGCAUCCACAGUGAGAUCAAUGGUCACAUCAACAGUAAACUGGCAAUGCUUGAGCAAAAGCUUCAAGGGACUCCACGAAACAUGGAGGAUCUGCAAUCGAUAACAAAAAGGCCUCCUGUGCAAAAGCCAAAGCGCACUAAUAAGGCAGCUGGAGAUCGAGGGCCUAAUGCACGUAAGAAAAACAAGAAGGAAGAAGUUGGAAAAAGUGCUGAAGCCUUGAUAAAACAACUCAAACAGGGCCUCUCUCUGCUGCCCUUGAUGGAGCCGUCAAUCACUGCCAGUGUGGGUCUUUUUGCACCUUUCGGAAGCAGUCCAGCCAAUGGAAAAGCCCAGCUAAAAGGCUCAUUUGGAAAUGCAGUGUUAGACAAUAUCCCAGACUACUACUCUCAGUUACUCACUAAGAGCAACCUCAGCAACCCCCCAACACCCCCAUCUUCCUUGCCACCUACUCCUCCACCAUCAGUACAGCACAAACUGCUGAAUGGAGUAACAGCUGGGGAGGAACUGGCUGAGAGACAGAAAAACAGAGAGCCUGCUGAAGAGCCGAUGGAUUCUGUGACAGAGGAGGUAAAGAGUGUAGACAUUCUAGCAGCUCUUCCCACACCACCACAUAACCAGAAUGAGGAUAUCAGGAUGGAAAGUGACGAUGAGGAUGCUCCAGAAAGCAUAAUUCCAGCAUCAUCCCCUGAGAGUAAUGUAGGAGAUGAAACGCCACGUUUUCCUCAUCUGCGGGAGCCUAAAGAGGAGGAGACAGACAGGGCAAUAUCCCCUAUCAUACCCCUCAUACCUCGCACUGCCAUCCCAGCAUUCACAGAAAAUAAACAAGUCGAAGCUCCUGACGGCAAGGUAGAUUCAGCGUCCAACCACUGGGAUAAGAGCAAAAGCAAUGAGGUGUCUGUAACGUUCACGUUGUCAUCUGCUGCAGCCAAGAAACUAAAUCACGUGAUGAUGGCCAUGGCCCAGCUUCUUAACAUUAGGAUGCCAGGUACUUAUGAGGUCACUAUCCCUCCCCAAAACCCUGACAUGUCUGGAGGAGAUGGGCCUGGGAAAGGACCUGGCCAAUCAGGGGUUCUGUCUACAAAGGAUGGUGCAUCACCUAGUCAGGAUGAGUGGCUAAGGCAAUUUGAUGUGUCUCUACCUGGCUGUACACUGAAGAAACAAGUUGACAUUCUGGCACUUAUUAAACAGGAAUUUGUAGAGACUGAAGAAAAACCAGUUCAGCACUGCUACACAACCAAUGUAAAUGAUUUGGAUGUGCGCCACCUUCCUAUUAUACCAGUGGAGGAGUCGCCACCCCCAUCACCGUCUCCUCCUCAUCCUCCUCCAUCUCUGCCAGUUACAACUAGUGAUGCUGAACCUUCCAAAAAAUCAACUUCCUCAUCACCGUCUCCCUCCAGUCCGGCCAAUGUCCAAACAACAGCUGAGCCUGAACAGGAUGUUGAUCCUCCUCUUGAUGCUGCUCAAUCAACUGAAGUCACGGAGCCUGAAGUUGCUGCUCCAGAGUCAUGCGCAGACGCAGCAGCUGCCUCUACAGUUUCUGAUCCUGCUGCUCCUCCUGAAGAUCAUCUGAGCACUGUUGUCAAGGAGGAGGAGGACUUGGUCACUGAUCCAGCUCAACCUCCUAAAGAUUCUCCCACCCCCAUGGAGUCUUCCCCUAAAGCUGUCAAGCAACGCAGGCCUCUCUCACCUGAUGAGGAGGUGGUGCAUUCAAAAGUGAAGAAAUGGAAGGGGAUUCGCUGGAAGCGUCUUCAGAUUGUUAUCUCGAUUCGGAAGGGUGGCUCUAAGAAAGAAAACAGCCGUGAGGUGUCUGAACUGAUGGAACGGCUGCGCAUUACUCUUCGACCAGAAAAGCUGCCUCGGGAUAAACGCAAGUGCUGCUUCUGCCACGAGGAAGGCGAUGGUGCCACAGAUGGGCCCGCUCGUUUGCUUAACAUUGAUGUGGACCUGUGGGUGCACUUAAAUUGCGCUCUGUGGUCCACAGAGGUGUACGAGACGCAGGGGGGCGCCCUAAUCAACGUGGAGGUAGCCCUGCGUCGCGGAUUGAGGACUCUUUGUGCGUACUGCCAGAAAACUGGUGCCACAAACAGCUGCAACAGACUGCGCUGCCCGAAUGUCUACCACUUUGCCUGUGCCAUCCGGGCACGCUGCAUGUUCUUUAAGGAUAAGACCAUGUUGUGCACCCAGCAUAAACUGAAGGGGCCCAGUGACGAUGAACUCAGCACAUUUGCGGUCCUACGCCGCGUCUACAUCGAGCGUGACGAGGUGAAACAGAUAGCCAGCAUCUUGCAGCGAGGAGACCGUAUCCACCUCUUCCGUGUCGGAAGUCUCAUCUUUCACGCUAUUGGCCAGUUGCUGCCCUCCCAGAUGGCCAACUUCCACUCGGCUACUGCAAUCUUCCCCGUUGGCUACGAGGCCACACGCAUCUACUGGAGCACACGCGUACCCAACAAGCGAUGCCGCUAUCGCUGCCGCAUCAGUGAAGAUGAUGGCCGCCCCCUGUUUGAAGUGCGUGUUCUGGAGCAUGGGAUGGAGGAUUUACAGUACCGUGACCCUACUCCAGAAGGGAUCUGGGAGCGGGUUGUUCAGCAGGUGGCUAAACUUCGUGAGGAAUCAUCCAUGUUGAAACUGUUCACUGAACACAUCAAAGGGGAGGAGAUGUAUGGCCUUACAAUUCAUGCUGUCAUGAGAAUCACUGAGUCGUUGCCCGGAGUGGAGAACUGCCAGAAUUACCAAUUUAGAUACGGCCGGCACCCUCUGAUGGAGCUCCCACUCAUGAUUAAUCCCACUGGCUGUGCUCGCUCAGAGCCCAAGGUCCCCACACACUGCAAGAGGCCUCACACUCUUAACAGCACCAGUGUGUCCAAGGCCUACCAGAGUACCUUCACUGGAGAGCUCAACACACCAUACAGCAAGCAGUUUGUCCACUCCAAAUCCUCCCAGUACCGGCGCUUGAAGACUGAGUGGAAGAACAACGUGUACUUGGCACGUUCCCGCAUUCAGGGCCUGGGGCUGUAUGCUGCAAAGGAUUUGGAGAAGCAUACGAUGGUUAUUGAGUACAUUGGUACCGUCAUACGCAACGAAGUGGCCAAUCGCCGGGAGAAGAUCUAUGAAGCGCAGAACCGAGGGAUCUACAUGUUCCGUAUCAACAACGAGCAAGUGAUCGAUGCAACUUUAACAGGUGGCCCAGCCCGCUAUGUCAACCAUUCCUGUGCGCCCAACUGUGUUGCUGAGGUUGUAACGUUUGACAAAGAAGACAAGAUUAUCAUCAUCUCCAGUCGAAGGAUUCCUAAAGGAGAGGAGCUGACGUACGACUACCAGUUUGAUUUUGAGGACGAUCAGCACAAGAUCCCUUGCCACUGCGGAGCCUGGAAUUGCCGAAAAUGGAUGAACUAACCAGAAAGCAGAACGAUGGAAAAUUCCCUCUCGCUGGUACCAGAACACUCCUGCGCCAAAGCCUAUGAAAAUCCUACAUCGCCAGUGCAUAAGCUGUUCAUAAAGAUAUGGAGGAAGGCUGGCCUCCGCUAUUAAAAGACUAAAGUGUUACCUGUAGCCAAAGGUUUGAAGAGCAUUAAUCAAUAAAAGCAGCCGACCACCAUUCAUCAGCAGAAGCUUGAUGGUGGGACUAACUUUCGUGUUUGGAGUAGUCGAAUCACCCUUUCCUCAGCCAAAUCCCUCCUCUUCCCCAUCCCCCACUUCAAACCCUCCCAACUUUUCUGGUCUCAAUAAGCUUACAGUGGCUGGAAAAUGAUCCUCACCAUCUACCAAAACAUUCUGACCCUCUGAUAUCAGUACUUGUAGUGCAGAGCUCAUCUGGAGCUUCGACAAAAAAAAGCCAUUAAAAAUGUUAAGAAUGAACUAAGGACACUUUUUUUUUUUAUAUUUUUUUUUUUUUAAUGUUUUAAGUCGGACCUAUUUCCUGUCCCGCCUGACCACACCUCCCCCCCUUACCUCCCAGACAAGGCACUUUCCCAUCAAUGACUCAUAACGACAACAUGGAUAUUGGCUAGCUAGACAAUCUUGAUGUGGCUCUGUGUGAGAACUACAUGUGAUCGAUGGAGAGAGAAAAAAGAAAAGAGGAGAAAAAAGUAAGUUAAUAUAAAAAUUUAAGAUACUAUUGAUCUGUGGCUUCAGUCGCACCAGAUGUUCUGACUGUGUGGAGUCCCAUGGUGGGUUAGUUGGACCCAGUCUACCUCACUGAUUUAGCGAGAAGUGACUGCUUUGUAUAAAAACUGUUAACUGCUACUGUGGAAAUACUCCGGGGGGUUGGGGAGGGGGCGCGACGGUGAUUUUUGGGGGUGGGAGGGUUGUUUUUAUGGGCUUAGCCUUCUCGGACAAGCAGGGAAUCUUAAGCAGCAGGUUUGCUCUAUCUACUCUAUGCUGAUGAUGAUUUACAAUAAUGAGCCAACAUAAUUAUUAUUCAUGAAUUAUUUAUACAGAUGAACUAUAUGACAGUUUUGAUAAGAUAUUGCAUUAAAGUCACAAUCAGAAGCUUAGUGGGUGUUCUGUAUGCCACCAAAUCAUCCUGGAUAUUGAUGUAGCUUUUGCUUUUGUGUUCUUAUUUAUGCAUCUCAAAAAAAAUCCUGCUAUUAGCUGUGUGAAAGCACAAUAACAUCCACAUUUAUUUUUUCUGAGUUGCUUAAGACAGUAAGAGUUUGAGUGAAUGGCUCAAGGAUCACGCAGGUCCAAAAUUAACCAAGUACCCAUUAGCUGGUUGUUUCACACAUGAAAGUUCCACUUGUUUGGGAAAAAAAGGAGCCAGCAGAUGCAUGACUACUGUCCCCAUUCAGUGCUUUUUUUUUUCUUUCUUUCUUUUUUAAAUUCUUUUUUUGUUUGUUUUUUACUCCCCAACAAGUCAACCUUAAACUUUAAUCAUGCCUCUUCCUCUCUGUAUUAUUUAAUGGACUGUUGUUAAACUUUUACUGUAGUAAGUCUUCCUCCGCCUGAGUACAGCCUGCAGUGUUUCUACUUCCCCUGUAGUGUGCUUUUUCUAGUGCUGGUACUGUCUCCUCGAGGCUGAACUGAUGGCAGGGAAAGACUUAUUGGAAAAAAGGGCAUUUGUUUUCAUUUCUGUGUAAGAAUAACGAGAAAAAAAAAGUCUUUAAAGGGAGCUUUACUAAAACUCCACCUUCCCAUACUACUUUGGUUCCUCCUUCCCUUAACCUAAGACCUCACAUGAUUUUAAAAAUGCAAAGUUGUAAAAACUGUAAAUAUACUAUAUGCAUUGAGGGAGGGGGGGACAACAGCUCUUUAUCCAGCCCCUUUGUAAUCAAAGUCAAAAGUGUAGAAAAAUAAAAUUGGAAAAAAAAAAAAAAAUCAACCACUGGAUAUCAUUUUAACAAAGAUAAAGCUGUACAUAAAUAUAAAUAUAUGUAAAAUGGCAAACUAAUAUCUUUAUGUAUAUGAACCAGAGUGUUUUGCAUUUACUUGUUUUUUCUAUUAGUGUUUUUUGCUAUAAGCUUUCAGGUGAGUUUGUUAAAAAUAGAUGUGAGGAAAAUGUCCGGGAUUCUCUAUUCGGACGACGAGAAGCCGAGGUGAUCAUGGGGCUGUUUGGAUUCACGCGGAGAGUCGUUAAUUAGACAUGGAAAAAUCACUUCUUGCAUAAAGCAGUACAAUGGUGCAUAGCAUUUGUAUUUAUGUAAUAUUGUUAAUGUUUUUUUUUUUUUCUUUUUAUUUAUGCUACUGCUUGUUGAUUUACCAAAACCUCCCCCUUUAAUCGGUCAAAAUUGGAUUCAUAUAGUCUUGAAAGGACAAAUCUUGAAUUCCCUAGAAUAUUGUUAGUGUUUUGCUUUUUCCUUUUUUUUUUUCCUUUAAUAUCUUCCCUAUAGAAGUGAAUGUGUUGGUUAACAUUGUGAAAUGGUUACUUGGCCUGAUGUAUGUUAUGAUGUAAUAAUCGAAGUUAAUCCCAUACUUAACCUGGUAAUGAAUUGCACUCUCGUAGUAUAACAGAAACUUUCUCUGAAGUGGUAGAUAUUGAUCAAGUAUCUGAAGCAGUGAUAUAUAUACAUAUAUAAAUAUAUAUAUAUAUCUAUAUUUUUUGGUAUGUUUCUAUUCCAAGGGAAGAACACGAGACAUUAUGCCGCUCACUGGAUUUCCGCCUGAAUAAUUUUUAACUUCUCUGAAACUUAAUUUAAGUUCUCUGCAUAUCUUAUAAUUUAAUAAAGGUUGCUCAUAAUUUGAUUUUUUUUUUCUUUUUAACCUCACGUACUUUAAAAUAAAACUUAAAAAAAAGAUGUUGCAUCUGUACAGCAGAGAUACUUUUAGGGAAUAUGAAUAAAUAUAAUGAUCAUUUUUAUUGUAUGUGGCAUGUUUUAUAUGGAUAUUAUUUUGAAUUGUACAUAUUUUUUUCAGGACGCCAGAGGUUGCAUCUCUUUAUAUACUGGUUUUCCACUUCCUUUCCCCUUCAUCUUAUUUCUUUGUCUGCUUUUGUUUCUUGUAAAGGAAAAAUAAAAUGCAUUUUAAAUA